AUGACCUUAAGUGACAGAGGCCUGCAGCAGUUAAAGGAAUAUUUGGAAUACCGAAGAUUGGGAAGCUGUUCUUCAAGAAGAUCAAAGAUGAUUGUUAAAGUUCAACUCUUCAUUUUCGUUCUAGGGACCAUGCCUUUCAUAGCACUUGCUGAAGAAGCAAGCUCAGUUCUAGAAGGAGAAGAAAGUGCAACAAUUGAUUUCAGAGAAAAAAAUUACACAGAAUUUGAGGAAUUACCAACUCUGUCUCUCUCUUUGCCCACAAAACUACACAAUGUAACCAAUCUCUUGCAGUUUGGACAACUGAUGACCACAGAAAGUGCAUUUGACCCACUUGAUGUCAGUGAUAAUUCUACUGGUUAUGAAGCUAACACAGAAAAUGUUGAUGGUAGACUGAAUGAAGAACCAGAGAAAACUGAAAAAGGUGGUCUGGAAACAGUUGCACUGGUUGGAAUAAUUAUUGGAAUCAUAGUUGCAGUUGGAAUCCUUGUAGGAAUAAUCAUCGCUGUUGUAAGGAAGAUGUCAGGCAGGUACUCGUAA